GAAGAGAUAAAGCUGCCAAAGUCAAUUCAGUUAUAACCCAGUUUAAUAAGGCAGGAUGAGGCUGCGUCUGGAGUCUGGCAUCCUCACUGCUAGUACAUUGUACCGUACGUCGGGCCUCACGCUACCCUCUAUACCUAGCAAGGCUAGGUAGACAGUUCAGCCCGUGGGGCCUUUUCGCAACGUGUGUUCUAACUGCACAAUCCGCUAAACUGUAAGGCGUCUCGAUAGGGAAAUGAUCGAACGGUCUAUGAAUAGUGAAUGUAACAUGCAACGACCACAUUGGAUAUACUGCAGGGAGCUGAAAAUGGACAGGGGUUCCAGAAUAGACAUCAAACCAGUCAGAAAUAACCGUUGGUACAGCACAAGGAUCAUUCAACCGAGAACAACUUUCAAGGGCGUCGACAAUGAGAGUGAUGUGUCGUAAAGGGCCCCGAGGGAUGCGAAACCCUGGCUUCCGAGCCUGGGUACUUGACAAGGCUCGGUCAACUCCGCUGAGUAAGCGCUCGAGUGGGAGACCCUGCUAAAAGCGGCAUCAGAGAAAGUCAAAAGUUCUGGACUGCGGAGAAACUCGACCCGACGAUCCAACUUUUUUUCCCAGGCCAGACGCCGACACCAACAUUGAAUCCAAACACCAGCAUACAAACCAUAACACCCACAUUGUGCAUUGCCUCUAAUAUUCCCUCCGCUUGUUUUUCUCCAACAGACCCUGCGCUACGAACAGCCACUGCAACAGAUCAGAAACUGCCAAGUCAAUCAUGGUCGACACCACCAUGGCCGAAGGCGGCUCAUCAACGUCCAAAACCAACACAGAGAAAGAAAGACCAUCAACAACCGUUUCAAAACCCACACCCUACACCUUCGACCUAGGCUACCUCACAGCCACGGACCCAAACCCCCUCCCCCCGACCUCAACACUUCUAUCCCAAACCUAUUCCGAGCGCAACGAAACCCUCAAGACCAUCGCACGAGACGGAGCCCAAGUCCUCCUCAACACCCUCCUGACAACAUGCACAAUCACAUCUACCCCAGACGGUCUCGUCAUGUCACUUCCGGCCCCCACCAACCCAUUACCGCGGUGGAAACCACUUCCGAAACCGAAAGCCCCCACCAAAUGGGAACUGUUCGCUCGCAAAAAGGGAAUUGGCAAGUACGGCGGCAGUCUGAAGGGCGGCGCGGCGCUCGAGGAGCGCAAGAAGAAUUUGGUCUAUGACGAGGAGAAGGGCGAGUGGGUCAAGAAAUGGGGGUUCAAGGGCAAGAACAAGCAAGGGGAAAACGACUGGUUGGUCGAAUUGGAUGAUGAUAAGCUCAAUAAAGAGAAGGACAAUGAAGGUAGUGGAAGGACCGUCAGAGGGGAAGGGAGACGUGAGCGUUUGGAGAGAAUGAAGAGACAGGAGAGGAGGCAGCGGAAUAAUGAACGGAGAGGGAGGAAGGGCGGAAGCAAGGUGGGAUAAAAGUCAUGCCAAAAGUUUUUUUUCUCUUUUUCGGACGAUAAUGAAAUUUGGUUGUUGGCCGUCGUCCUCGGCGCUGGCCCUGAAAUCCUCUACCUAGGUAACAUGGGCAUUGACUCCGUGCCACGGCCACAGCCACGGAACCGCUCCAACAACAAGCAAGACAAGACCAAAGAACUCGGUUUGGGCUCUUGGCUGUGCUCUGCUCUGUUAGGCGGCAGCACCUUGUGCAGCAGUGGAACUGUUACGUUACUCUCGACUGCACCACUGGCACCAGACUAUUUAGUCACUCACGCUUCGCGGUCUCGCUCUCGUCUACCUUUCCAACUAAGGGCUAACGUCCAGAGAAGUGGCUAUUUGCCCACAUGUGUGGAAGGGAAGGAUACCAGUCCGAGUACCAUUCAGGGAGACCGACUGAUCCAGCGGCGGGGACUUCAUAGUCCAGACAUACGCGAUAUUCCCAUGGAUUCAGGGAAAGAAUUACGAUAGUGUCAAACGCUGCAUGACAGCGUGGGAGUUCAUCUACGCUCAAUGGCCCGUAACUUGAAACUUGAAACUCCUGUUCAUUUGGGUAUCAAUCUCUGCGGAACUUGAAGGGCAAGCAUCUUGAACCUCUCAGACAUGAAUGUCUAAAGGGCAACCGCUUCCUUCCUUGCUGUUCCCAGCACCACUGCUCCGUUUCCACCUAAUCGUACAUGAGAAAACUGUCCAACGCUCCUCCAGCUCCAAUUUGUGUCUUCCAGCUCCGCCACUGUCUCCACUGUCGCUCUCGCUCUCGUAAACGUCAUCAAUCCAAUGCAAUCGCAGAUGCCAGGUUUUCUGUGCCUGUAGUGCGCAAACCAGCAAUGCCAAGUCAAAAAUCAAGGGGUGGUAAUACAGAAUUUGUUUUGGGCCGGAUGGCGCCAAAAGAAGAAAUGACAGUCGCAAGCCGCCGCCCCAUCAAAUGCAGAAUGCAGUAUGGCAUCCCAGAACCAAGAUAAAUGCAUCAUCCAGAAGGCCCCCCAGGUCGGCGAUAACCUUUUGUCCAUGUCCAAGAAGGUAUGGUUUGCAGAUGACACAAAAUACCAAGGUAUUCGUCUCACAUCCUUAUGGGAGAAAGCCCUGUCAAUUCCGGCAAUUUUUGAUCCAACGACAACGCAGGAGGUUCUGGGGUCACCACUCUCGGUACUGUCGGUACGCUUUGCGUAACAGCAUGCCCACUGUCGGCUCGCCGUCUUGCGCCACCCUCCGAGGACAGACUCCUUUGCUUUGACUUGAGCAUGGUCGACUUGCGUUGUGCGCCUGCAUCCGCGGUCCGUGGCGGCAUUGGGGCUUGCGGUUGACUGCUUCCACUGGAUGAAAUCGCCCUUUCGUCGCCCGCCGAGUCUUCGGCUUCGUUGAUGGACCCUUCGCGCUCGUAGCGGUAUUCCUCCUCCAGGUAUUCUUGCUCUGUCCAGCAACCCUGCCAGCAAUUCUUCCAGUCCAUAACCAGAAAUUGAAAGCAAAAUAAAUCGAUCUUCAGACAAGGUUGAAAGCAUAUGCACAGAUUUCGAAAGUCCAUUUUGUUCUUGUCAGCAUAGUGAUUCAGCAGGCUGAGAUGGCACGUAAUGGCGAAGAGGAGGUAAUAGUUGAACGGCGGAAGCCGGGACAAUUCGUCUUUGAGGAGCUGAGGUGCUGAGGUAGCGCCCGCGCACUGGCUAGAAAUCUUGCUUUGAACCUCCCUGGGGAGAAUCUCGUCCGGCAACUCUCGCAACCACGACUUGAACAAAGACCCG